AUGGCCGCUCUACUUCUCAGCUGUCUAGGUCUGACGACCUCCAAGCUCAGAGCAAAGCAAAGAGCAAAGAAGGAGCGCAAGCAAGAGUACGACGAAAACUUCGACUUUCUGCAGGAGCAGAACGCACAUCGAGUCCGACAACUGUCCAACCAAGGAGAACACCAAGGAUCAAUGGACGGCAGAACUUUGUAUGGCGACGGUGUGACCGAUCACAGCCCUGAGAUGCAGCAACAUUCGAGAAACGGCUCUACGACACAGACCACGACACAUGCACCACCAAAGUAUGAUGACAUUGUCGAAGAAACGGCAUCAGCGUAUUCUGGAUGA